ACUGCCAGGGUCCGUGACGUCACCGAUGUAAACAGACAGACGACGGAAGCCACACGCGUCACGCGGCGGCGACGAGCACGCUACUCCCUGCCACCUCAAGGUUCCACACAAGACGCCCAAGGAAGGCCGGGAAACUCGUAGAAAUGGAAUCGUUAUUUGGAAAGGCAGUGGAGGUUACGCUGAAAAACUGGAAUCCUCUACAGUUUGCCGUAAGCCAGCAGAUGGGAGGCCACGACAGUAUAGCAAAAAGAGACUGGUUCCCUUCAGUUGUUGAAGACUUUUUCUAUAAAAAUGAGGAUCUUGACCCUGAUGAAGUAGCAGACUUCAUUUCUACUAUAAUGGACUCCGAAUUUAACACUUUAGUUGAAGAUGACUCAGAUCUAGAGGUUGCCUCAGUUCUAUGCCGCUUUUAUCGAUUGAGUGAAGCCGGGGAAAAAGAGAAAAUUCAAGAGGAGCUGGAAAAGAUGCCAAAAUAUAACCUUGAUUCAUGCGUGGUUCAAGAUACAGAGAAUGAAACAGAGGUGAGUAAAAACUGAAUAUGCAUUACUUAU